AUGCAGUUGUCACCGCAGCCGCCUCCGUCUGGUUUCCACUUCUCUCCGUCUCAGCCAGCAGCCAACCCGGAGCCUCUGCCUCUGCCACUGCAGCAGCAAAUGCGCGGUGGUUCUCCGCCUCCGCCUCUCUCGCCGGUCUCUCGAUCUGUCCCACCCACUCCGUCGGACUCUCGCUUGGUCGUUCCGUAUUCUUCCCAGGCGCAGCGGGCGCCUGCGGGAGGGACCGGGGACGCCGCCUACCCAUCAUAUUCAUUCCCUUCCUCUCUCGGCCCUUCCGCAGGCAGUUUAGCCGUCGGUCCACCCCAUGCCGCGCCUAUGCAAGAGGCCCCAGGUUUGCUGUCAAAUCUGCGCUCUCCGUCUGCUUUGUCCGCUCCUGCGGCAGGCUUCCUCGGCAUUAAUUCUGUGCCAGCGGGAGGUGGCGCGCCGAGUAUCCAGCAGAUAGGCACAAUCAUGGCGGACCUGGCCACCUGCGACCCGAAGACGGAGGGCAUUUGCUGUCUUGCUCGCAACUACUGCGAUCCCAAUGCGACGUGCUUCUCCAACGCAGCGCCUGACAACGUCUUCGAGAUCAUAAACGCCAUUCCGCGGUGUACAUGCAAAGAAGGCUUCGAGGGCGACGGCAGAACGAAAGGCACGGGCUGCUCGAAUAUUGACGAAUGCGCCACUGGCGAAGCCGGAUGUGAACAAAUCUGCAAGGAUUUCGCUCCUGGAUACGCCUGCAGCUGCUACGAGGGCUACAAACUCAAACCCAACGGCAAAGAGUGCCAGGAUAUCAACGAGUGCGCCACCGCGAACGGUGGCUGUCAACAUGUCUGCAUCAAUAUGCCCGGAUCAUUUGUGUGCGAAUGCGCCAGUGGCUUCGCCCUCGGUCAAGACGGCAGGUCAUGCACAGAUAUCGACGAGUGCGCUUUGUAUGAUGGCCUCUGCGAGCACAGAUGCGAGAAUAUACCGGGAGCCUACCAGUGCCAUUGCAAUGCUGGGUAUAAACGGGAUUCAGAAGAUCCGCGUCGAUGCAUUGACCGUGACGAAUGUGUAGAAGGUCUGGGGGAUGGCAGGCCAGCUUGUGCGUCAGACGGCUCCGAAGCGUGCACCAACACACCCGGGAGCUACUCAUGCAGCUGCAAUAAAGGAUACAAGUUUGUCGCGUCGCAGACGUCGAAGACCGAGAAAGAAGGCCUCCUAUCUGGCCCAGUUGGCGCUUCGCAGGAAGCGAUGAACUUUCUUGCGGCCGUGGCGCCGCCCGAUUCCACGGCUCAGAACCGCGUCUACCAUACUCCUGUGUAUUCGUAUAUUGCCCGCAACUCUGCAAAUCACGCGCCAGGAGACGGAGCUGAAGGACUACAGGGAAUGAGCGCGACAAGACAUCAAAGUGUGCCGACCGAAAGCAAGGAUGACCUUUAUACCGCAGAUCGAGUUAAGCAACGCCGGCUGGAGGCGACCCACUCCACAGAGGAGGACGUCUCGGUUUCGCCUGAGACUAGCACCGGUGGAAGGGCUUCCAGUAAACACGAGAGGAAGGGGCCAAAGCAGACGAACGAGCAAGGACGGAACGUGUUUCAGAGGAAGGGGCGGGCGCAGAACGAGAAUCCUCGGGUAAACAGCGACAAUGAGCACGAUUCACGCUCUGCUGUUCAACGAAAAUUGCAGUGGUCCCAAGCUUUGGACGCCUUCACUUCGCUUGCCGCGGGCGCGCCGAGCGCCCGGUCGCCACCAUCGCGCCAGAAAGCUCCCUCUUCUGGCAAUCCUGCAGAUACUGCGCUGGCUAUGGCGGACCUGGCAAUGCAAGUGAUGCAGAUGUAUGGGACAGCGAACAAGGCACUCGGAGGCAUUGGAACUCUAGCGUCGUCAGCAGCUCCCGCGGCAGCCGCGACGCAGAUCGGGGCGCUCUCUCCCCUCCUGCGGGAAGGUGAAAACAUGAGGCAUCGAUCUAGACUUCCCAGCCCCCGGCGAAGCACGGGAACCGAGCUCGCGGCCUACGCGCACCUGGCGGGCAUUGAAGGAGACGAUUCCCAGCAACAAACAUGGAGCAGCGAGAUGUAUGCUGUCAGGACAAACCUCGAGACGCUGAGAAGCCAGCCCUGGAUCGACCCACCCUCGCUUCCACAGGCGGACAGACACGGAACCUGCAUCGAUAUUGACGAGUGCGCAGAGUUCAAAAAAGCAGGGCUACGUGCAUGCAAGAUCGACGAGCUCAUCUGCGUCAACACUCCUGGCAGUUACGAAUGCCUGUGUGCUGAAGGUCUGGAAUACGACGCUGACGCUGCGAGCUGCGUCGACAUCGAUGAGUGCCUACUGGCUAAGAAGCAGACUUUUUCGAGUGAGCCCAGAGCCACGGCGGUUACGCCGAUUGUCAGGCUCCAGCAGCAACGCGAAAUGCAGGACGGAAAGCUCUUGCCAGGGAGGCCGGCUUUGUGUGAGCAGCAGUGUCUGAAUCUCUUCGGGAAGUAUGAAUGCGGAUGCUACCCAGGCUUCCUUCUGCAACCCGAUGGCCGCUGCGAGGACGUGAACGAAUGCAACGAUCCUGCUCAAAACGAGUGCGAGCACACAUGCGUGAAUUUGCCAGGGAGCUACACCUGUCAGUGCAAACCAGGCUUCCGCCCGGACCCAGCCAAGAAGGGGGCGUGCGUCGACGUCGACGAAUGCGCCCAAGAUCCCGAUUUCUGUGAAUUCGGCUGUACGAAUUUGCCUGGAGCAUACGAGUGCACAUGCCCUCCAGGGCGACGGCAGCGCGCAGACAAACGAGGCUGCGAACCUCUUCGCACGUGCAGGGAAGAUCCUCUUCUGUGCAGAGGAGAUCACGUCUGCCGGUUCGACGCUACAGUCGGUAACUGGGCAUGCAGCUGUCCCGACGGCUUCGCACCUGCUCAGACGCCGCAUGGGACCGCACAGCCGCCACGCUGCGUGGACAUUAAUGAGUGCGCCAUUGGCUACCCCACUCCGGGACGAAAUCCGUGCCCCGAUCUUUACAGGCCCUGCUGCUUGAACGUGGCAGGAGGCUUCCAGUGCGUGAUGGCGCGGAGGAAAGGCCUUGCAACAAGUCGGAAGCUGUACUGUGAAGCUCCCAGCUUUGACUUCCAGGGCCGCCUUGACAGGUAG